AUGGAGUUCUUAAUGCAACGAAUCAACGAGCAUAUCCGAGUAAAGGAUGAUGCCAUUGCCACCACAGCCACCGCAACCGAGAAGCCAAAUUCGGUUGCGGUAGACAGAAGAGUGGUUGGGAAGGUUCACUCGGUGGGUGAAAUCCGAGGUGAGCCAUACAUACGUUGGUUGGCCAAAUUGGGAGACACGCAAAGGGGCUUCAACUUAAGGUACUGCUGCACCUUCCAUGAAGAAAGGGGUCACCAAACAGAGGAUUGCGUGCUGCUCAAACAACACUUGGAGAAGCUGGUUAAGGCUGGGCACUUGGAUCAUUACAUUGACGGGGGUAUGAGGGCAGCUCUACAAGGACAAGCCGAGCCAAAUGCCAUUGCUACCUUGGAUACGGCGCCCCAAGGAGUAAUUAAUGUUAUUAAUGGCAUCAUCGAGCUGGCACGGGUUUGCGAGUUGAGGGGGAUGAUCAAGAAGGCCGAGCACAAAAGGGAAGUGCUCUCUAUUCAGCCCGCCAUGAAGAAAUGCAAGACCGAGAUAAAGGACGUCUUAACUUUUUCAAGCAAAGACUUGGAAAGAAUUCAGGUGCCUCAUAACGACGCCUUAGUUGUGACACUUCGCGUCAAAGACUUCAACAUCAAAAGAAUUCUGGUCAACUUGGGGAGUUCGGUCGAGAGCAUGUAUUACGACGCAUUCAAGCAAAUGAAAUUAGAGGACAAAGACUUGGCUCCAGCAACGUCUCAUUUGGUUGACUUCAACUCUCAACCGGAAUGGCCAAUCGGAAAGAUCAUAUUGCCGAUCAAAGUUGGGUCAGUCACGAAGCAAGUGGAGUUAUGGGUGCUUAAGGUCCCAUCGACCUACAACCUAAUCUUGGGAAAGGGUUGGUUGCACACCAUACAAGUAGUAGCGUCGACUUAUCACCAGGUCCUGCGCUUUUCUGCACUAGCCGGACAAGUAGAAGAGGUUUGA